AAGCGAGAGUUGCAACUCUCAUCAACUCUCAUCCUCGUUUGACCUGAUUAAAUUAUCCCGAACAUGAGAUUGUCAGCAGAUAUGGUUUUCAUACCUUGUUUGCAAUGUAUUGCAGAGUGAUAAAGAUUGUUUAGUCGUCCUUGAUGAUGUUUGGAGUGUUGACGACGUUGCUGUGUUUGAUCACCUAUCUGGGAAAUGCCAAUUAUUAAUAACUACUAGAGAUGCUCACGUUGUCAACGGCUUAGAAGGUUCUGCGUACGAACUAGAAACUAUGGCAACGGAUCAAUCCCGAGCGCUCUUGUAUCAAAGUGCCCGGGUCGAAUCAGACGAACUGUCUACGUUUAGUCCAGAAAUGCACCAGAUUGUUGAAGAAUUGUUAAACCAGUGCCGAGGACUACCGCUGGCUCUGUCGCUAGUAGGCUCAAAUUUAAUCGACACUCGCUUACAACAAGACUGGCAAGAUGUAUUGGGGUACUUUCAAAAGGCUGGCUUGGAACAAUUACACUCACAGUUUCCCACUGUGACGUAUCCUUACGAUAACAUCUUAGCAGCCAUUGAUGCUAGCUUUCAACGUUUGAGGAAAAGUGAACGAGAGAAAUUCCUUGAUUUUGGUAUAUUUCCAGAAGAUAUAAAUAUAGCGACAGAUAUCCUCGAGCUGUUUUGGUCUUCGAAAGAAGUAGGGAGAACAUCGUGCAGCCCUCAAGAAGGGAGAUGUAUACUUAAGGCACUUGAGAGGAAAUCAUUGAUUCAAAAAGGUACAUGGGGGUGGGGAUACAUAACGAAAUGGCAAGUGUAUUCUUUAAAUGGCCCCUGUAUAUAUGAAAUGCGGGAUGAGAUGUUUUCCAGGGUGCGAUGUUGAUUGGGAUUGGGCAUGUGUAUAGUUCCCUCAUAUUUAUUGCAUUCUGUUUACAUGGAAGCGAGACGCUUUUCGUUCCGUCCCGGCAAGGUGAAAUCCCGGUUUAACAAUCGGGAUCCUGCUUGGGACGGGACGUUUUCACCAUAAAAAUGCUCCAUUCCGCAACCGGGAAAAUGUUAAUUUCUAUAUAGUGACAUUUAUUGCAGGUUUUCGGCCACUGAGUUUCCUGGUUCGUGUUUUUCGUCAGUAUAAGGUAAAAUACGUGUACCCUGUAUCACGUAAAUUGUGAAAGCAUAAUGUUUUAUUAACAUUUCAAGACUGCUUUUGAAGGUUAUCACCGAUUGAUUAAAACUAAAUUCAAACUUUUAGUUAAAAUUUCACAUUCACUCGAGAAAUUAUUUGUGACUCGGUAAGGUAGAUUUAACAUUUUCCAAAUAAACCAAAUGCUAGUUUAUUUCAGGUUUGCGGUUUUCAUUAGGACAAAAAUACUGUAUUUUUAGUAGCGUACUUUCCAAAUUUAGAACUGCAUUUUCAAUAACCAUUGUCCCGAUUAAUACAAGUGACGAUCUGUCCAUCUGACGGGUCACACAUUGUUUAGUAGACCAGACCAAUGGACCAGACCAAGUAGCCAAAAUAACGUGAUCUAUACUGGAAAUGGUUUUCGGAAUAAAUGGGACUAUUUGAAAUAAUUUUCGAAAUAAAUAGUUGCUGCCAAGCAGACUUUUCUUGGCACUGACAACGUUUCUCCCAAUCUUGUACCCAGAGAAAUCAUCGUUGACUCUGGGCACCAGAUUGCGUUUCUCCAGAGUUCACUAGGCCCAGUCUUUCGCGCGAUCUAUAUAUUGCUUAUUGCAUCUACUAUUUCUAUGAUAUAUUAUCGCAAUGUUGAUUUUGCGUCCAUUAGCUAGAUACCCGUAUGUUUGUUCCAAUUAGCGAACGUUAUAGACGGACGCGCAAAUGUUGGGAACUUGCAAUUAGCAAAUUCAAUUAGCAGACGUAUAAUAAACCGAAAAAUAGACGGAAAUUGUACGCUCGCAUUAUCUGACUAUCUGACUUAUUUGGAAUAUAUUGUCAUGGAAUAUAUUGACACUACAUGUAAAAUGUAUUUGUUUGUUUUUGUUUGCAGAUUCCAGUGAAAAGCAGCGCCCCUUCAUGAUGUUUUCGGCAUUUUAAACAGCACGAAAUAGUCCAAUUUGUCCCCAGGCUUUUUCCCAUCCAUCUUUUGAGAGCGUCGAGUUUGAAGCAGUACUUUUAAUUCCUUGCGAUAGUAACUUUUUGUUUAAUACAGUGUUUACACACCGUUGUGUAUAAAAACUUGUCAAGAUGAUCUUCACGCAUCACAGAAGCCUAUCUGAGUGGAAUAAAUAAGUAGAUAGUUCAUCUUCACUGAUGAUUUGUCUGUUUUUUGCAUUUAUACGCAGAUAAAUUAUCAUGCGAACUAUCUCUUUUUUGUCCAAGUAUAUCCAGUGCCCGGUUGUACAAAGACCGCAUAGCGCUAUCCACCGGAUAGUGAUUCUUCAACCUUCGUAAACGUGCAUAAAAAGCUGUGAAGCUACAGAUAUAGACCUCACAAUAAUUAUAAAAACUCUUUUAAUGAAUAAUUACUGAACUUUAUUUAAUCUUGAUUAUACUAUUGAACAGACACUUUUAGAAAAUUUGAAACAAUAACUAUCCGUUAAAUAACGCUAUCCGGCCUUUGUACAACCGACCCCAAACUGAUAGUCCACCUCUAAUACAAAUGGGGUUACUAACAUGAACGCUCCCCGUCGACCUUUUUCAGGACCUGAACUCCAAGGGAAGACAAGCUACCGUGUCCAUGAUCUACUCUUAGAAUUUGCUCGGCAGAAACUUCAAGCCACUGGCACACUAACUGAUGUCCAGCGCGUGUUCGUGAAAAUACUUCGUGGCCAAUGCGUGAAUGGUGAAUGGACUACUACUUCAAGUCUCUCCCAAAGAGACUAUUAUUUCAAGUACCUACCCUAUCACAUAUUCUCCUCCGAACAACAUAGUGAAUUAAUUCAACUAUUGUUCGACUUUCACUGGCUCGAACAAAAAGUGAAACACACGAAUGUUCCCUCCCUAAUAUCAGAUUUUCGUUUUCUGGAUACGCCCUUGCAGCACGAAAUCAAACUUCUCAAAAAGUCGUUAAUGUUAUCUGCCGACGCCAUCGAGAAAAACCUGAGUUCCAUUGGUCCGCAAUUGCUAGGUAAUAAAAAUAAUGUAGCUUUCUUUGGCUUACCUUUCUUUCGCUUACCUUCAAACACUCAUAAAUAAUUCAUAACGUUAUUGGAAAAUCAUGUCAACCAUAAUAUGUCAUGUGCAGUGGCUUUAAACCUGAUAAAACACUCCUAAUUAGUAUUCUUUAUAUAAAGAAACUAAUAAGGCAGUAUGUAUUGUAGUUGUGUCCUCAUUAGUAUUCUUUAUAUAAAGAAUACUAAUAAUUUGGAAUUCCUUAAAACCAGAACUUGGGGCCUACGAAACAACGAAAGACUUCAAACAUAUUUUAAAACAGAGACUUGUAGAAACAUUUAAAUUUAGGACCAAUCUUAACACAUUUUGAUGUAAAUAGCAUAUAUAUUUGUGUAAUACCAGUGUGUGUGUGUGUGUGUGUGUGUGUUGUGUGUUGUUAUGUGUGUGUCUCUAUUAUUAUGGUGUAUAAAAAAUUAGAUCAAUUAUGUAAAAUUUAGCUGAAAAGCCUUUUAAGGGAUGUGAAAUUAAAAUACAAUAACAAUAACAAUAACAAGGCAGUAUAUCUAUUGCAUUUGUAGUCGUGUUUGCAGCCGUUUAAUAAACUCGCAGGUCGUGUUUUAUUAGGUCUAAUAGCUAAAGGUCGCUAAAGCCUAAAACACUCCUGCUCGUUUAUUAAACAGUACUUAAUAGUUUUUGUUUGUGGAAACACCACGUAAAUUUAUUACUGCAAAGCUUUCGAUCCGUAAGCCCGGAUCUUCAUCAGUGAUAAUAAUAUGUCAUAAUAUACAUAUUAUUAGUACUGAUGAAGAUCCGGGCUUACGGAUCGAAAGCUUUGCAGUAAUAAAUUUACGUGGUGUUUCCACAAACAAAAACAAUUAUAUUUUAUCGCCAUGCAAACAUUCAAAGAACUUAGUACUUAAUAGGUUAACUUAUAUAGUUCUAUCAGUUUUAAACUGCCUGUGUACAGUCAGAGUUAUUUCUUAAUAAAUGGUGCAGUUUUACUGCAGCAGGAAAUAGAACUUUGCUUAUAUUGAAUAGCUCUGCCAGUUUUAAACUGUUCUUCCUGGAGGCGUAUGUAGUCAGGGCCACUCCUUAUUGGUGCAGUGUACUGCACGAGGAAACCUAAACUAAUCUAACUUUACGUAUUCUGGGUAGCUCUAUAAUCGACGACCGGCCAACACUCUGAAAGGUGCACUCUGAUGGGAUUUUUUGUUACAAGCUGUCAACUAGCAUUUUCUUAUAGCUUACCCAUCGGUUAACAAGACUAUAUAUGUUGGCACCUCUGAUUUUGGCUUAUAUAGUUGAAAAUUUCAGAAUUUUAAAAUGUUGCUUAAUAAAGUACUAUGUUGACAAAAAUACAAAAUUUCAAAUUCACUUUUCACAAAGAUAAUCCAUACCAUUAGAACGAUCGAGGAGAAAUAUAUAUAAGACAUUUUUAGCAAGUAUUCAAGCCGGUUUUGAGUUAAAGGGGCAUAAAGUUGGAAAAAUAAUAACUAUCGGGGUCAAUUGGCGCAUUUUCUGCAACUGAUUGGCUACACAAAUCAUACUACUCGCUUAAAUGUCUUAUAUAUACUUUCUUGCAAACCUUCUAAUGGUAUAGUUUAUAUUUGUUAAAAGUGAAGAUGUAAUUUUGUAUUUUUUUCAUCGAUAGUGCUUUUUAUAAAAAAAUUUUCAAAUUCUCAAAUUUCUCAUCUAUAAAGGCCAAAUCAGAGUUGCCAAUAUAUAUAGUCUUGUUCGUUAAUACAUAUACUUUCUGAAAAUGUCAGUUGGCAGCGUGUAACAGAAAAUGCCAUAAAACAAAUUUUGGCCGGCCGUCUGUAAGUUCGUAAGGGUCAAUCCAUUGUUUCUAGAAGUGGAACCAAAGUUCCCAGAGAAAACGUGAGAACUAUAUAUUUGCAUAUUCGAUCAAAGAGUAUUUAUAAUCAGACAUCUGCACACUGCAGGAAUCGAAGCCGAGGCAUUAACCACUGUGCCACCAAUACCUAUUUUUUUAAAUUUAUGUAAUUUUUUCAAGAGCGUAAAUCUUCUGCACUAGUAUUAUAAAUAGUAUUAUAUACACAAUGCUGAAACUGUUGUAUAUUUGUGUUCUAGGUAGGUUGCUAUCGUAUGCCAGUGACGAAUGCCCGAGCGUGAAGAAGCUGUUAGAGGACGUCCGUGAAACAAGCCGGAAGACUUUCCAUAUUUUACCAUUAUUUUCCUGCCUCAAACUUGAAGGGGCAGAGAUAUUUAAAAAGAACGUUGGUUCUGAAGUAUGUUCAUUAGCAACGUCCAAUAGUUCAACUGGCACUAUUGUCAUUUCUGGUUUGGUUAACGGUUCGAUCCACAUCCAUGAACUAGAGACAGGUAUGUAGCUGUAUGGUAAAGAUAAAACAGAAAGCAAAGUUUGGGAGUUUUAACCAUCUUUCCUUACAGCUGGGUCCUGAAUAGCGAAGGACACAGCUCAAGGAACUAGCGAAGGACACAGCUCGCUGGUAGGAAACAGCGAGUAGUCAUUGAUGGAGAAUGUUCUAAUUGGC